UACCCCAAAAAAACAGUAAAUAGAACGCAAAAAGCCUUUGAUCUUGCCGUCACGUUUUUCUCUCUAGCCCCCCUACAUAAUUUUAUCCAUCGUUCUUACUCAAAAUUUUCUCAUCCGUGUUUCGUGACUCUCUCGCUCUAGAUUUUCUCUCUACAGUCUGGGUUUAUAUUUUCUUUCGCAACAUCUCAGUUCGUUGGAGAAGCUGUAACAAUGGCUUCUUCAGAAGAGCGAAGAGACGAACCAGCGAAGGAAAUGGUUCACAAGACGAAGGUAAUACAGUUCUUGGGACGCACCACGCCUAUCGUCCUUCAGAACGACAAUGGUCCCUGCCCUCUCCUCGCUAUCUGUAAUGUUCUUCUGCUAAAGAACAACUUGAAUUUAAGCCCAGACAUUGCAGAAAUCUCACAGGAGAAAUUGCUUUCCCUUGUUGCAGAGCGGUUGAUUGAUUCAAACAGUAAUGUCAAUAACAAAGAUGCAGGGUAUGUUGAAAAUCAACAACAAAACAUCUCUGAUGCUAUUGAUUUGCUUCCUCGACUUGCGACUGGAAUUGAUGUGAAUACAAAAUUUAGGAGAAUUGAUGAUUUUGAGUUUACUCCUGAGUGUGCAAUAUUUGAUCUUUUGGACAUUCCGCUAUAUCAUGGUUGGAUAGUUGACCCCCAGGAUUAUGAUACUGCAAAUGCGAUUGGGUCAAAGUCCUAUAAUACUCUCAUGGAGGAGCUUGUUGCCCUUGUAGCAAGAAGUAUGGAGGGUGAACAAAAAAUGAGUUCUGAAGAAGAUUCUGUUGAUUUUGCUGCUGCAACAACUGCUACUCUGGGAGUCCCUUCUCCAUGCCUUUCAAGGGGUAAAUCUUUUGACUCUCCACGUGCCAUCUCUGAUGAUGGUAAUGUAAGAAAAGGAGAUCUAGAGGAAGAAGCAGAGCUGAAGAGAAUCUUGGAAUUGUCAGAGGCUGAAUCGCUUGCAGUGAAAUUGAAUGGACAAAAUAUGUUCCUCAGUUCAAAUGAAAGUGCAUAUAUGAAAAAGUCUGAACCUGUCCUUGUAGAAACAUUAGAAGGGUAUAGUCAGGCUCAAAGUCAAAAGUCUCAUCAACACGAACCUUCCUUAUCCCUUGAUAGCAAUGUCCUGAGCAAUUCCAGUAAUGAGUUGGUAAUUCAUGAAGCAGUUCCAAGGGAAGCUGAUUGUUCAAAAACUGAUCAAGUCAAUCACAUUGAUCAUUCAACUUCUGAAGAAUCUGGAAAAUGUGUAAAAUCCAAAGGUGUAGUAGAGGAAAGUAUUGCUGACGUUGUGUUCCAGAAUGCAAAUGCACCAUCUGAUUGUUUUGGACAAGAUUUGUUAUCUGCAUGUGCAAACCAUAUGCAUAAAUCUGGAGGAGACGAUGAAGUUCAGAAGCAAUCCACUUCCACUGAUGAUAUGCAUGGGCCAGAACAUAAUCAAAGUGGUUGUGACACAAUGAAAGUUUCAAGUUUAUCUGCACCAGGUGCAGAUUCAGAUUCAUCCAGUGGCAGAAGGCAGCAUACAGAUGUGCCUGAUGCUUUUUCUUCUAGUGCUGAUGAUGGUAGUGAGGAGCCCAUUUAUGAAGGAGAGGAAUGCAUGCUGGAAUCAGGGACAAAAAUUUAUGCAGACCGAGAGCCCAUGUAUGAAGGUGAGGUGGUUCUUGCAGAACAAGUGGGCAAUAGUACUAGAGAUGCCUAUGAUGCUAGUUCCAAGGAUGAAAUUACUCCAAGACAAGGGGAACUGAUUGAGAGUUUUUUGAAGAACAAUGCCAGUCAGUUGACUGUAUAUGGCCUAUUUUGCUUACUAGAUGGUCUGAAAGAACGUGAACUUUGUGUCUUUUUUCGCAACAAUCACUUCAACACCAUGUUUAAGUUUAAUGAUGAAUUGUAUAUUUUGGCUACAGACCAAGGUUACAUUAGUCAACCUGAUUUAGUUUGGGAAAAGCUAAAUGAGGUCAAUGGGAAUACAUUGUUUAUGACUGGCCAUUUUAAGGAAUUCAAUGUAGAGAGUCGUGCCAACAGCACAUGGGAUGAACAAAAUGCAAUGGCCAGUACUGCUGACUAUCUUGCUAGCGUUGACAAUGCAGCACAUGUGAAUUCAAGUUUCAAUUCUGACCUGCAAUUGGCAAUAGCUCUUCAACAACAAGAGUUUGAACAACAGCCGCAACAGCAGUCUCAGCAACUGCCACAGCCACAGCCACCGAAGCGUAUCCUGCAGCAAUCAAGUGUUAGUGGCAGUUCAGGGCUGGUUGUAGGACCCCAGGUGACAAGAAGCAGUGCCCGGAGCUCCACUUUGUCUUCCAGGCAGGAAGCGAAAUCAUCAAAAGAAAAGUGCAUCGUGAUGUGAAAAAUUGCAUAAGCAGGUAGAUGGUAUAGAUAAGAAGUUUGCGGUGUAAAUGGUUUGUGGAUGCGUCUCUGUCCCUUUACAAUCCCUUAAAUUUGACCUAUUAUUCUCCAUGUAUGUGGUUUAGAUUGUGGCUUUUCAGUUGUAAAUAAAAGUAUAUGUUACCACAUUUGCUAGGUCCGGCAAUUUUAUUAAAAAAGAAAAUUCAAAACAGCUUUUUGAUUGUGAUAACAUUUAAACACUUGUGGUCUCACCCUAAUACCCCAAUUCAUGUGAUAUUUUAGUGCAAAUAUGUUGUGCCAACAACCAUGUUCAAUGGAAUUUUUUUCUUCUCCUCC